AUGGACGACCAGUUGGAACUUCCACCAGCGCCAUCUUCGCCACAUCUCUCCCUGCCAGGUCUCGCCGAUGACGAUCUUCCUUCGUCCGAUGAUGCGUAUCCCCAUAUAUCACUGGACACAAUUGCGCCGUCGGAGCUUUCCCCACUGUGCCCUUCAGACGAAGGGCUAGGUCUCUUCCUCCAGCCGAUUUCCAUCGACCCACCGCUUGCGCGCUCUCCGUCUCCAGACGACGACGAUCUUCAGUUUUUGGACGUGCAGCUUGAUCCGGUAUCGUCAUCUCUAGACUCCGAUGAGUUUCUGGAGCUACGCAGGAUCCGCCGCCGAGCGCUCAACGCUGAACGCGCAGCUCGUGAAGCGGAGGCUGAGUACACCGAGCGCAUCACCGCCGUGGCCAGCUCUCUCCUCCCUCCGAAUCACAGCAGCCCAAACGCAGAGCAGUCAGAAUGCGAUCCUGACCUAACAACCGCGCCGUUGAGUGCAGACGAGAAGCGCGCACGGCAGCGCGAGCUGCACAUCGCGAUGGACAUGCGCGCGGACGCACGCCGCAGGCGAAAGCGCGAGAAGCAGCGCAGCAAGGAAGUGGGCGCUUUGAUGGACUACAAGAUGCAUCGCGUCGAAUCGCCCGAGCACGGCCUUGCGACGCUCAUCGCGAGCAUGGUGUUGCGACGAAGCGAUGUAUUCCGGCCGCUGGCGAGCCGGAGAGCGGAUUUCCCUCGGCGAGUGUAUGCGCCGUCGCCGCUGAGCCAGUGUAUGUCUCUAGAACACGUCGUUGCUGAUGAGAUGCACAUGGACAUGGAUGUCGACGUGAACGCAAAUGAGAACUUUGACGCGGAUGCGGACGAGGAUGCAGUCAUGGUGGAUGCGUAGCUGACCUGCGCACCGCGGAGUCGGUUGAAAGGCAAAAUGGUUGGAAAGACCGCGAAGUGUACAGUAUUCCAUUUCUUCCGAUCGACACCCUGCAUUUGUAGCAUUUAGUGUCCUCAUAGUUGUCGUAUAUUGCGCAUGUCUCCCCCGCUUUAUUUGAACGAAUACCAUGGUCCAUGAUUCCCCGUUCGUGCAUACCA